AUGUCUUUCAGAGACAAGAUAAACUUUUAUAGUGUUCUCGAUCGAUUGAUCCCUCCUGAGAUACUAAAUCAGGAUUAUGAUAAAGACUAUUUGGCACGACGUAAUUUAUUGCAAGCGCGUGCUGUUGUUAUUGUCACAGUAUCAGUAUGCUUCGUUCUUGUUUUACAGCUCUUAAUCGAUCUCUGUCUGAUAUUACUUAAUGGAUCAUUAAAUAAACCUGAAUUUCCUUGGCCAAUUACUUUACUCGGUACCACUCUCUAUGUUGGUUUGGCGCCAAUUCCUGAGCGGAAAAAAUUAAAUUUCAAUAUAUAUGUAGAAAUGAAUCCGAUGCAUAGGUUUCUUGUCGGUGAUGUUGGAAUUAAGUUUACUGAUAAAGGAAGUGUUGAACUAACUGCUGUUGAAAUAACUGAUGAAACUGAAUCUAAGAAAGAUAACGUAAAAAAGAUUUUAUCUUCAGAAAGUGAGAAUAAUGAUAGUGGUGAAAGUGAUCCAGAAACACCAAUAGUUAAGUUUCGAGUAGAAGUAAUUGAUACUGGACGUGGAAUUGACCCUGAUUUUAUGAAUCAUAUGUGUCAACCGUUUUCUCAGGAAGAUUCAUCUUUGCGUAGAAAAUUUGAAGGAACGGGACUGGGUCUACUAGAUAUGAUGCACAGCCGUUUGGAAGUCGAAUCAAACCUCGGAGUUGGUAGUAAAUUCUCUUUCGUUCUCGAGCUUCCUUUAUCUCAAAAAUGGGAAUCCCUUGUACCUUCCCAAUUACCAUUCGAUCAUCAAUAUCUAAAACUUCCCCCCGAAGAACAAUAUCGACUAACUUCUCGUUCACAGUCUUUAUCCUUUGCUGUACUGAAAUCUGAAAAUACCUUAUUCUUGCGACGAAUAACAUCUUUUUUAGAUCAAUGGGGAUUUAAAUAUCGAGUAAUAAAGAAAGAAGAUUUGAAGGUUGAGUGUGAAAAAGAGCAUGCGGACAUUGUGAUUUUAAAUGAUAGUAUUGGUGAUUUGGAAUGGUUUUUGGACGAGUUUGUGCAAUUUUAUGGACCUAUGAAAAGUAGCAUUGAAGGGGGUGAGAAAAGCGUGAAGCGAGAGCAUAAAGACGAGAAAAAACAACGGAUAUUGUUCUUUUCAACGAUCGAAGAUUAUCAGAACGCGCAAAAUGCAUUACAAAAGUAUAAAGUUCAAUUUGCUCCGGCUGGUCCGGUAAAAAUUUUAACGGGUAUAAUAAAAGUGAUAGAGUCUUUACUUUCACCCACAUCCGAAAAUAUAUGUGUAAUAAAAGAAGAGCCUGCUGUAUGUAAUUAUUCGCAAGCGCAAGAAGUAUAUCUAGGUGGUGAAUUAUUAUUUUCAUCAAGUAUAUAUGGACUAGCAGCUGAUAAGACAGAGGAGUUUCCGAUCAGUGUUAGCGAAAAAGCUUUAGCGAACCCUGUUUAUAGUACGGAUGAUGAUACCAAAAGAACGGAACCUACUAGGGUACAAUCGAUUGAAGAACAAUCUUCAACAGUUGAGAAAUCUGAAGGAAAGAAAGCACAUUUAACAAAAGGCAAAGAAAAAGAAGCUAAUGAAAAGACUCUGAAAGAUAUAUCGUUUCUUAUUGUUGAGGAUAAUAAGGUUAACGCAAUGAUUUUAAAAACAAUGUUAAAACAAACCGGGUUUAGUAAUUAUGAUGUGGCUAUUAAUGGACUUGAAGCGGUCCAAAAAUUUUCUAAGAAAUUAUAUGAUAUAAUAUUUAUGGAUUUACAAAUGCCGAUUUGUGAUGGGAUUCGAAAAAUAGAAAACGGCGAGGAGUCAUAUUUGAUAUCUGAAACGCCAAUAAGUUAUGAUAUAUUUUUAACAAGCACAGAUAGGAAACGCCGGAAAAAAGCGAUUAUUAUAGCAAUGACUGGACUUGCUUCUGAGGAAGAUAGUGAAGCCGCGGAAGCAGCUGGAUGUAAUGAAUUUUUAACAAAACCUGUAUCAAUAAAAACUCUAAAUUCGCGUAUGGAAUGUUGGACUCGAGAUGUACUAGAAUCUGAUAAAAGAGAAGUUAUCACAGAAGAGUCAAAGCCACAAGAAGAAAAAGAACAGCAAUAUCCACAAAUGAUGGAGGAAAAACUCGAUCAACCACAAAAAGAGAUGGAAACGAAAUCAGAGUCACAACAACCACUAGGGCCGAUAUGA